GUUUCAGGCUGCAUUUCAACGAGGAGGGCGUGAACAAGCCAAGCCAUCCAUGGACCAGCCACGCCAACCAGUGGUCUUGGUGUGGCUACACUCGGUCAAGAACCGCCUAGUUCGACCUCGUAUGCGGGGCGAAACGUUCCGAAAAUGGGUGAGCCGCAACAUGGACAGCUCCACGUUGGCGACGCUGUUGGAUGUAUUUCAAGUCAUCCUCGGGAUUGGGGUCACGAUGGUCUACUUUUACCAGAACUGGUCGAAAUUCCAAGACGUGGCGGAAACCCCCAUGGUUCGCACAGUGCAACGGGCCAUUGGCGUGUUUUUUACGUUCGACUACCUCGUUCGCUUGAUUGCGUCUGAAAGUCCACAAACGUUCUUCCUCAACACCAUGUCCCUGGUGGACCUAGCGACAAUUUUGCCCCAGUGGUUGGAAAUGGCCAUCUCAGACGACUCGGACUUUAAGAAACAAGCCAACGCCCUCAAAACCCUGAGAGGCCUUCGCUUUCUUCGCUCGUUUCGCCUCCUUGUGUUUGCCAAGACGGCCAAGGGACGCCAAGCUGGCAUCCUCUUCCUAACUGUCAUGUCCAUCAUAUUUUGUUCGGCGGGAAUCAUUCAAGCCAUUGAAGCUUGCAAUAACGUCGGCGACUACAAGUGCCAGGACUUGGAAAUCUACAACGCUGCCUACUUUGUUGUGAUUACAAUUUCCACGCUGGGAUUUGGCGACCUGGUCCCCAUGUCGUCCAACGGCAAACUCGCCGUGAUCGGACUCAUCUUUUCCACGAGUAUCCUUCUACCGCUACAUAUCAGCCGAUACAGCGACAUCCUCAGUCGAGAGACGGAAUUCGACAAGUCGUUCAAGGCCGAAAAAGAAAGGAACCCCCACAUUCUCAUUUGCGGCGAAGUGAAUUCAGGGGCUCUCGACUUUUUCCUCCGCCAAUUCCUGCACCCGAAUAACAUCAACUGGAAAGACAAAGUUGUGAUCCUGUGUCCGGGGCUCCCGUCCAACAACCUCCGACGGAUUCUGCUCAACAGCGCGUACGAGCAGCGAGUCGUGUACCUCCAAGGCAGCGCCAUGCUGGACUCGGACCUCAAGCGCGCGGGGGCGGCCAACGCGCGGCUCUGCUUUGUGCUACUCAACAAACUCUCGACCGACGGCGACCGCAACGACACGGCGUCCAACCUGCUCACGAUUUCCCUCCGCCACUACACCAACGACAUUCCGCUGUUUGUGCAAGUGUUAAAGACAGACAACAUCCGGCACGUUCACAUGUCUGGCGCGAGCAACAUCAUUUGCAUCGACGAACUAAAGCUUGGCAUCUUGGCCAAAACGUGCGUGAUUCCUGGCCUGUGUGCGUUCCUGUGCAACAUGCUGUUUACGUUUCGACCGUUUUACGCGAGAAGUACGUUAUGGGCGUCCGAGUUUCUCAUGGGCUGUGCGCACGACAUUUACGAAGCCAAGGUGCCAGUGUACCUCGACGGAUGCCUCAGCUUUUCAACGCUAGCGUUGAUUCUGUAUCAAGAGUGUGGCAUUUUGUUGUUGGCGGUCACGGGUCGCAACCAUCUGGACAUGCGAUUAUUUCCUUCUCGCAUACUUGUCAAGCGAAGCCACUACAUUUACCUCUUGGCAACCAACCCUGAUGCAGUCAACCAAGUCGAAUCCCUUGCCCUGUCCACGCUGCAAAAGCAUGAAACCCGGAUUCCCAACUUCGCCAAGAUCGCCGAGCGCUGGCAUGCGAAUUCCAUGGCGGGCAAAAUCCGCACCACCAUGCGCGCCUCCGUGUCGAGCCUCGUGCCGGUGGCCAUGUCGAUGCGGUCCGCGAGCUCGUUCCGUGAAUCAGCUGCCACCUCUGAAACCACGCAAGAGGAUCUGCCCCGACGCCGGUCGCAGCUCUUGGGUUCGUAUCGGGCGGCAACACCAGACGUCACGGCAAAGUCAUCACGUGACGAUGGAAGCCCCCUCAGUCACAGACGAGGGUCUGUCACACGUGUGCUACCGUACAACGACAACGACACCGCCAACCACGUUGACCACUUUUUGCAGCCAGAUAACGCCCCCCCAACGCACGCGGAGUCCUCGGUGUUGUCCACCAGUGACCUCUCUCGACUUAGUAUACAUGCACUCGCAAGUCCAUCUCCCCCGGACCAACCCACCCACUCCCAAGCCAACCAAUUAUUUCAAAAGCUGUCGUCGCAGCGAGCGUACGCCACAGGCCAAGGAGGACCGCCCCCCGACCCCAUUAUGGAGGACAUCGGCCACCCCGCGUUCGCCCCGCGCAUGUCGGCAUCGACCAGACACACCAAACUGUUCGAGUCAUUUUUAGACCAGAACUUACCGUCCGACUUGUCUGACCACAUAAUCCUUUGUGGCAUGCCCAACGCCGUGCACGAUUUCGUCGCGCCACUGCGCCACCAGCUCGACUCCCACGCCAAAUCCACACAGUUCCUCGGCAGUUCGCAGCACGCGAUGACCGCCACCCCCAUCAUAAUCAUCUCGGAGAUCCCACUCACGGAGAAGCAGCAUGCCAGCAUCGCCAUGUUCCAAAAAGUGUACUUUUUGUGUGGGUCGCCCCUCCAAGAAGACAUGCUACGCCAGGCGUCAGCGUUCACUGCCAAGAGCAUCGUCAUCCUCGGCAGUUGCCUCCAGGCCCCCGGGCAAUACGACGACGACUACGACGACGAAGAUGGGGUAGCCGCCGAUACGAAGGACCAAAACAUGCUCGAUACGGACGCGAUCACGUUGCAUCGAUACGUGGUCGAGUGCUGCGAAUGCAACUGCCCCGCGGAGUCGCCUAUGGCCACUGUGAUUGUGGAGCUGAGUCGCCCGAGCAGUCUGCGGUUCCUCAAAGACGAUCUCGUUCGAUCCGAGAAUCCGUCGACCUUGGAAGCCGUGAAAACUCUGACCAAGCGCGUGCUGUCGCGAGCAGACGACCCCCUCGACAACAUUUGCCACCCCAUCUACGCCGCCGGAAAUGUGUUUAUUUCGAAUUCGUUGGACGCAGUGUUGGGCAACUGCAACAAAUACGGGUGUAUCAUUGACUUGCUGCACUUGCUUACAUUUGGAGAAGGCGCGACCAACGAGUACGGCCGGGUAUUGGAUCAAAUUGCCGUUCCCAUCAUCUACCACAACAAGUCGUACCUCGAGUGCUUUGUGCAAAUGCUUGUGACCCAGGACAUAUUGUGCUUGGGCCUCUUUCGCGCCAGAGAGCAACGCCAUAGCUACGUGUAUGUCAACCCGAACGAAGACGUGCAACUACGCGCCCAAGAUCGGUUGUUUGUACUGCGAUAACGUCUGUUUUGAUUGGAAUUUCGCCUUAAGUCAAAACAAACAGCUGAUUCUGUAUCCA